CCGCGUUCUCUCAUGCACACAGAGCUCCCUUGGAACAAUAUAUCGAUUCGUGUAUCGAUUUCAUACUGUCGAAUACUGCGUGCCAGCCUUGGCUAGAUCAAUAUUACAUCCUCGGUCAGACCUAGGGAUCCUGCGAGAACUUCCGUUGUCCUUGAAACGAGCUUGAGUCACGAUUCGCGGUCAGAACAAAGGUGGAAAAGUCGCGCCGGAGGCUCCGGGGGCGUCUCUGGAAAAAAGACUCAAACAGUCGAAGGUCUAUUCAAGCAUGACAUAGAGCCGAUAGGCUGCACAGACUACCACAUCAACUACCGCGACGAUCUCCACGAGUCAUAGCCCACCAUGACCUCGCCACAUCGCGAAUCACCUCACCAUCGCGUCGUGCCUUUGGAGGAAGGCCCCCGAUCUAUGUAUGAAUCUCCGACCAGACCACAGGGAUCUACAUCCUCAGGACCUUCAUCUCUUGGCCGUCGGAGACCAGCUCCUCCUCCGCCGCUUGACAGUCAAUUGAACUUGGACUAUCAAAAUGGUCUCGAGCUAGGUCUGCCGCGAUCUUCAAGUUCCAAUUGGAAACAGUCUCCUCCGCCAGAGUCACCCACCUCGGGCCUGAGGUCUUCAGUCUCACAACGCCGCCCGCAUUCUCCGCGGUCCAACACUUCGCCUAACGUGUUGAGAAUGCCCUCAUCUGCCGGAGCGUCUCGCGAAGCAAGUCCUCGGAACUUUAGCAGACCUCUACCUGGUCGAAAUGGGAGUCACGAAGGGAGCGCGAACGGUAAUCGAGUGCGAGCCAAGUCGAUCGAGGGACCGGGCAGCUCAGCUUCUAGUCCAAGGACCGAUCCCAGCCAAUCACCAUUCGCCAAGAGACUCGAAAUUGAAGCUUUGCCGAAACGGUCCAGUCCAGCCAAGACCGUCAACGCCUCGACUUCACCGGUGUACCCUGGCCUCGUACUCGAACCUUUGGCUGGCAUCGAUCAGGGCAAUAGCUUACAUUUUGGAGUGGACACAAUGCGUUUCGACGGGCCAAUGGACGAUAUUCUUGACAUGAGCGCUGCUAUGGAUGCCGGCACUCGCAAGGGCAGCAAUACGGGUCAGGAUGAAACGAUUGCACCAUGGCUGAACGAUGCUGGCACGGCUCCCAUCUUUGGAGAACCAGGCGAAUCAUCGCGUCGGCCCAGCGCUGGGACCAAUGUGUCAAGAGAGGAUCCCAGUCCCACGUAUGACCCGGACUAUAUGAAGGACAGGGCGGGCACUACGCGGGAACCUCGCAAGCACUCAAAUCAAUUGCUCAAUCAUUUUGCAUCUGUUCCCUCUUUGCCAAAGUCGAAACGAUCAAUCGCGGAUGAAGCUCCGCCCGUGCCUUCGGGCUCCAAUCUAACGGCGGGGAGAGGAUCUCACCCUCAAUUUCCAUCUCGACCUUCUUCAUCUGGCGAUGCGAGCAUCUCCCGCGACGCAUCGCGGGCAACAUUUGAUCCUGACGAAGGAAACACACCGUUUGCCGGAUCUCGAAAUACGAGGGCAAAGCAUUCCCUUUCCUCAGCAUCCGAGGAUCCCUCUGGCCAUUCGCGUCAACCGAGUGUCACGGACGGUAAAACUUCACGACUGGGAAGCGUAGCUUCUACCACGUCCAUACCAAAUCAGAUUGAAAAGAAAAAAGGUCUCUUUAGCGGCUUCAUUCGUCGAAAGACUGGGCAGGCUGCGUCUAACAACGUCGAACCCGAUGGCCAUCGAGGUUCGGCUUCGAGCGGAAGACUGCCUUCUUCUGCCUCGACUCGCUCAAUAGGUGGCAAAACGUCAGACGCGUCAGACGAGCCACCUAUCAAGAGACCUUCCUCUCGCAUGCCAAGCUAUGUUCCCGAGGGCGCAAUAUCCCCUUUGGAUGAGGUCAGAGAAUCUGACCUCCGGCUGGAUCUCAAUCUCGAAGAUAUGGAGGGUAUCGUCGACCAGUCUCUGAUCGGUACUCCAGCUGCAUCUUACCGAUUCCCGUCGGUUCCAGCGCAGUCUGGUCAAGGCACACACUCGAUCCCGGAACCGCCUGGCUCCAUGUUCAUCCAGGAUGCUCUGAAUCACACGGGAAAUCUUGCGACAUCGGUCUCGUCCUACGGGUCUGGUUUAUCACAUCGAUUGCCCAUGAAUCAGUCUGCAGAAGGUCAAAUUGGUUCUUCUUCGGAUCAUACAGGCUCAGCCACGAGCCCAUUCCAACGCACUAAUCCAUUCCGAUCCGGAUCCUCAUCUAUAGGGUCAAUUGAAGAAAAGAGCAACGGCCCCCCUUCACCUCAUAACAUGUCACCGAAGCAUGCCGUUCUUCCCCAAAACCAACCUCGGCGCCCAUCUCAGCUUCGCAAUGUGAAGAUGGGGUCUCUGACAUCUAACACCUCGUCGACAGACUCGGGUGAUGGAAAAUCUCUGCAGCCGAACGCACCGACGUGGGCUGUAGCCGGAGAAGUGAACCGUGGACAGACCUUAUUCCAAGAUCCUUUCGGUGCUCCUGGCGCAACGGCGUACAACGAGUCUCUAGCUUCUGGAGGUAUCUCACCCAAUCGAUCAGCCAGUCGUGCCAGGCUUUCCUCUUCAGGUAUUUCGACUGAUCGAUCAACAUCGGGGCAGAGUGAAGCGGGUCUCCGUCCGGAUAACCAGCGGCCAUCUACUGCGCCAUCAGGAGGUGCCAACAUUGGUCCCUCAGCGGCGUGGGCAGCGCCAGAGUCCUGGGGUGUAGAAGCGGACGCCGAGCCCGAUGACGAAGCAAGCAGUGACGAGUGGUCUGGGCCGGCAGACAGUCCAAAUCUUCCCGACUCUCCCACUCCACCUACCAUGGACACUGCCAUGCCUUUGCCCCUUCCCAGCGUAUCAGGAGCGAAACCUCCUCCGUUUGGCUACAACUCGCCUGCCAAAUUUGGUCAAGUGCGACCAGGAUCCUCAAGAACUGGAGCAGGAGGACAUAGACCGCGCACUAGAGAUGCUAGAGGCAGACCUGGGACGGCUCGGCCUGGAACCGGCGGUCGUCCGAACACAUCUGGCAGUCUACACGCCUCGAAUGCCCCACAUUGGAUCCGUAUACAUCGAGCUGAUGGUUCUCAUUCCGUCAUGUCAUUCCCGCUCUUGACCACGACCGCGGAAAUCAUCAGCUAUCUGUCGGGAGCGAACGACGCUUCAGCAGGCAAGAAAGUCAGCACGAGUAUGAGACUGUUCGUCCGCGAAAGGGGACAAGAUCGGCUACUGCUGCCGUCGGAGAAGCCUUUGGCUAUACAAGAUCGUCGUCUACGACAGGCUGGCUAUACAGAAGCUGAACACAUCGAGGAAUUAGGCAAGAAGGAUCUGGUCCUCCUGUGCAAGUUCUUCUACCAGACUCCAGUCUUGCCUGUCAUGGAUCCAGAGGAAAGUUCGUACGAUUCGUUCGAAUUCAUCGACAUCGCUGGCAGAGCCCUCCAAACCAUUCCGAUCUUCUUGCAUCUACACGCUCACAACAUUAUCAUUCUCAACGUAUCUCGAAACCCCAUGACCGAUUUACCACUCGAUUUCAUUCAGGCUUGUUCAAGUCUCAAGGAGCUGCACAUGUCCUACAUGGCCUUGAAGCGGAUACCACAGGCAAUAUGUGCGAGUACCACACUCACUCGUUUGGACGUGUCAUGUAAUCGGAUUGCGGAUCUGGAAUCGGUUCCUCUACACGAGAUCGUCUCUUUGACGUCGCUGAAGGUUCAGAACAAUAAACUCGCAUCUAUCCCCAGCUAUUUUACCCAAAUGAAGACGCUCAAAUACCUCAACAUCUCCAACAAUAAAUUCGAAACAUUCCCUGCAGUCUUGUGCUCCAUGUCAAAUCUGGUCGAUCUCGACGUGUCCUUCAACAAUAUUGUCGAACUCCCCUCGGAAAUGUCAGAAUUGAAGUCUUUGGAACGAUUGGCAGCGUUCGGUAACGAGCUCACCACUUUCCCCUCCUCCUUCUCGACUCUCGCCAGUCUUCGUGUCCUCGACGUGCGGCGUAACAAGCUCGCCGAUCUUUCCACUGUCUACACUCUUCCAAAUUUGUCAACCCUUCAAGCCGACAACAACAAUCUCGCCACUCUGGACGCUCAAUUAGGCGCUCGUGUCAGAGAGUUCAGUGUACCGCACAAUUCAAUCACACGUUUCACGCUGGCUCCGCUCUCAUCCAUGGUCUCUGUCACCUACUCGUUGACUCAUUUGAAUCUGUCUCACGGUAAGAUCUCCACGCUGGCGGACGAAGCUUUCCACGGACUGGUCAAUCUUGUGCACCUGAAUCUCAACUUCAAUCAGUUGACACGACUCCCCUCGACUCUCGGGCAAUUACUCAAUCUCGAGGUCUUCAGCUGUACCGACAAUCAGAUUGUGGCCCUGCCGCCUGGUCUAGGUUAUAUGCAAAAGUUGCGCGAAAUCAAUUUUCACAACAACAACUGUCGAUCCAUCCCUGGAGAGCUAUGGGCGUGCAGUUCGCUGGAGUAUGUGAAUGCAAGCUCGAAUCUCAUCACUGGCUCCGGGGCCGUUCCGUCAAUGGAGGAUAUGAAGAAGUUUUUACAAGGUGUCGAUGAGAAGCGCAAACAAUCAUUCAUCUCGGCAGACGGACUAUCCCUCCUCAGUGUUCCCUGUGCUACGACUAUGAGGCACUGCUUGCUUGCGGACAAUCGAUUCCAGGAGGAGAUCUUCCACGCAUGCUCUCAUCUCUCCGAGCUGCGGACACUCAACCUCAGUUUCAAUGAUAUCUUCGAGGUCCCGCCGUCCACUCUCAGCAAAAUGUCGAAGCUUGAGGCCUUGUAUCUAUCUGGAAACAAACUCACGAGUCUACCGGCAGAGGACCUGGAAAAGAUGAGCAAGCUCAGAGUUUUGCAUCUCAAUGGAAACAAGUUGAAGACUUUGCCAUCUGAGCUAGGCAGUCUAGCUUCGCUGCAGCAUCUGGAUGUCGGUAGCAAUGUCCUCAAGUAUAACAUCGCCAAUUGGCCAUACGAUUGGAAUUGGAACUGGAACACCGCACUUCGUUACCUCAACUUGUCCGGCAACAAGCGACUCGAGAUCAAGCCUACUAGCGCCCAAGACAUGUCGCAUGCUUCAGCAUCACGUAAAGAGCUAUCCGAUUUCACUGCUUUGACCGAGCUUCGAGUCCUGGGUCUCAUGGACGUUACCCUGCGAAUCCCUUCCCUUCCUGACGAAAGCGACGAGCAACGUGUUCGAACAUCCUUUUCUGAGAUCAACAAUAUGGCAUAUGGCAUCGCUGAUAUGCUGGGAUCGACUGAACAUUUGGCAAUGUUUGAUCUCGUGGUGCCUAAGUUCCGCGGCAGAUUCAACGAGUGUUUGUUCGGCAUGUUUGGUCGAGAUUCGCCGUCCGCUCCAUCAGGCAAGAUCCCCAAGUUCCUACAAGACACCUUUGCGUCAGAAUUGAUCAGUCAAAUUGACAAGCUGCAACCUGGCGAAGACGUGACUCAAGCAUUGCGAAGGGCUUUCCUGUUCUCGAAUCGGGCGACGUUUGACCACCUGGUCGCCCGAUCCGCGGAAAAUAAUCGGAAAGGGUCCGUAGCCAGUUACGCUUCCGGGCCCACCACCGCGAGAUCGUAUUUGCCAGGAUCAUCUUCGAUAUUUCGCACUGGGUCUUCUGGAGCUGUCGUGUAUCUGGUCGACAAGACGCUGAACGUCGCGAAUGUGGGAGACUGUCUGGUUGUCCUGUCCCGAAAGGGGGAGGCAGAGCUCCUCUCGAGAUUACACGAUCCGACAGAUCGUGAUGAGACAGCCAGAAUUCGACGAGCUGAAGCUUGGGUCUCCACCAAAGGUUGCGUCAAUGAUGAGAAGGACGUGAAUGUCUCUCGUGCUGUCGGGUACUUCCAAACUUUCCCCGCUAUCAAUGCUUCACCUGAAAUUCGUACGCGACAGUUGACCGAGACAGACGAAUUUGUGAUCAUCGGGAAUCACGCUUUGUGGAAAUGGUGUUCUUACCAGACUGCUGUCGAUAUCGCCCGGACGGAGAGAGACGAUCCUAUGAUGGCCGCUCAGAAGCUACGAGACUUUGCAAUCUCAUACGGAGCUGAUGGAAGCGUCAUGGUCAUGGUGGUCAACGUUUCGGAUUUAUUCCUCGGACGGAGUGGUCAACGGCCGUCCACAGCAUCAGGUGGUAUUCCACUGGCUGGCUCUUUCGACGGUGCUUCAGACACCAACGCCACGUUCUACGGCAGAGACAAGCGCAAUGCGCGUCGUAGGGUCGAGGAAGUCGGUGACAGAACUCUCAAUCGAUUGCAGCAAGAGAUCGAACCGCCUCAAGGUCAGGUCGCCAUUGUCUUUACCGAUAUUGUCAACUCCACCUCACUGUGGGAGACCAAUCAAGGAAUGCCGACUGCCAUCAAGAUGCAUCACAACUUGAUGCGUCGACAGUUGCGCUUGGACGAAGGUUACGAGGUCAAGACUGAAGGCGACUCGUUCAUGGUGUCUUUCCAGACUGUCGCAUCCGCGCUCGCUUGGGCAUUCAAUUGUCAGAUUGGUCUUCUCUCUCUGGAAUGGCCCAGAGAGUUACUGGAGUGCGACGAUGGUAAACUAGUCUACGAUUCAGAGGGAAACGUUGUACAGCGUGGUCUCCGAGUCAGAAUGGGCAUUCACUGGGGAGCUCCACAAUGUGAACGUGAUCCGAUUACGGGCCGUAUGGACUAUUAUGGGCCGAUGGUCAACCGAGCUGCUAGAAUCAACGCCAGUGCCGAUGGAGGGCAAUUGAUGGCAUCACAAGAUGUCAUUAAUGAGAUUCAGAGCUUGCGAGAAUUUCUGGAUGCCGCGGAAGAGAGCAAGGACACGGCUGACCUGCCUGUGGACUUGAAGAGGGAUCUUCAGGAGCUAAGGAGGAUCGGUUUCGAGGUCCAAGAUAUGGGCGAACGGAAGCUCAAGGGUCUGGAGGUGCCGGAAAAAUUGCACCUUCUUUACCCCAAAGCACUUUCGGGUCGAUUCGAAUUGUCGAACGAUCUCCGAGCCAAUGUCGAAGUGGGAGAUGCUCGCGCUCAUUCCUCGCAUCGACAUAUCGAUAUCGACCAAGUCCGAGAGUUGUGCAAAUUCGUCUUGCGUCUCGAGGGCAUCUGCUCAUAUUAUCAAUCUGUGCCGAAUCCAAGCACACCGCCAACAUCUCCUAGGUCGCCAUUGUCGUCUCACGGGCUUUCGACAAGCGCGAUCGACAUUUUGGGCGUCAGCGCUUCCGUCACACCUACAUCCGCUGCUAUGGGGUCUAAUCGAAGCAUGGGUCGUCCGACCGAGAUAUCACUGUCGCCAAAGUCUGCUAUACCUCCUCUAGCCCUAAUCGGGUCCGCUACAGCGCCUGUGAUGGAGCAAUCACCCUCGCGGCGAACAAAGACGUUCAGAGUCAAUAUUGCUGAAACGUACCUUGGUCCAAAUAUCCGAGAUGACAUGGGUGAUGAGGAGCUGAUGAAUAUCAUGGACAGCUUGACGACCAGACUGGAGAACAAUAUGGCAAUGCUUUUGAUGCACCGGUUGGGCGGGACUGCAGCUGUUCAAAGUGCUUUUGCGCGAUUUGCAGCCUUCAUGUAGAUUUGAGUAGUAGAUCAGCUCUGGAAUCAUCAUGAUGAGAUCUAAUCAUAUUGUUUGCGUUUGGCUGCUUUGCGGGUCGAUCGUUGUCGUUCCGCCACUUUCGGGCGUCGCCGCUUCUGUAGCUGUAGCUGUGGUACAAGAAUGAAAGGG